UGCAGAAUGUCCUGCUCUGACCUGUCCCCCUGUGGCAUCCUGCGCCCCCAGCCCCUGGCUGACAGCGGGAACGAGCCCUGUGUGCGCCAGUGCCCCGACUCCAGCACCCUGAUCCAGCCCCCCCCCGUGGUGGUCACCUUCCCUGGGCCCAUCCUCAGCUCCUUCCCUCAGGAUUCCAUCGUGGGAUCCGCUGGAGCCCCCGUUCUUGGGGGUUUUGGGGGCUCCCUGGGCUAUGGGGGCUAUGGAUCCCUGGGCUAUGGGGGUCUGUGGGGCUAUGGGGGCUAUGGGGGUUAUGGAUCCCUGGGAUAUUUGGGCUAUGGGGGUUAUGGAUCCCUGGGAUAUUUGGGCUCUGGCUCCCUGGGCUAUGGGGGUCUGUGGGGCUGGGGGGGCUCCCGGGGGCUGUGGGGCUCUGGCAGAUCCUACGGCUCCUGCAGCCCCCACUCCUGGUUCGGCCGCGGGCUCUGCGGGACCUGCUGA